CUCAGCUCUCCAUUGAGUAAGCCAGGUAGCCAACGUUAAACGGCAGAGGAAGUCGCAUCGCUAGAAGAGGAAAUUCAUGGAGACUCCGACAAGCUCAAAUUCCAAUGCUUCCUCCCUAAGAUGGAAAAUCCUACGUCAAGCUCUUCUUCGGCGUCCUUCUCUGCAGUUUCCAAUGUGUUUUUGUGUUCAGAUGAGCAAUCUGAGGUACCAAUCAAACGCAUUUCUAGAAGAACCUCGCAAGGAUUCAAUCUCAUCCCCUGCCGAAUAGUGGACGGUCGUGUCAAUGAAGAAUCAGACGGUAGACUCGUGUCUGUCUGCUAUACAUUGCCCAUCGAUGGAGCUCCCGAGCUUUAUGUUAUGCAAAGGGAGGACAGCGGAGCGGACCUCAGUGAUUUUGAAAUAUGUAACAGAUACAAUGUGGAUAACACUGGGCUUGUGUAUUCUAAGUUGGCGAUUAUCUUUCUUAUCUACAAAUUUGAAGAGUUCUUGUAUUGCACAGGUCGUUGGCCCUCAGAAGAUGUCCUCGCUUAUUUCUGCCUGUCGCAUGCUGACAUGUUUAGGUCCAAAAAAAUUAUUGAGCUUGGAUCAGGCUAUGGCUUAGCUGGAUUAGUUAUUGCAGCAGCCACCAAAGCAUCAGAAGUUGUGAUCACAGAUGGGAAUCCCCAAGUAAUUGAUUAUAUUCAGCGUAGUAUAGAUUCCAACUCUGGAGUGUUUGGUGGCACAAGCGUAAAGGCUAUGAUGUUGCACUGGGAUCAGGAAGAUGUUUCAAAUAUCUCUGGCGCCUUUGAUGUCAUUGUCGCGAGUGACUGCACCUUUUUUAAGGAGUUCCACAAAGGCCUUACUCGAAUCAUCAAAUUAUUGUUAAAGGAUGAUGAGGCCUCUGAAGGUUUAUUCUUGAGUCCUAAAAGGGGUGACUCAUUGGACAAGUUUCUAGAGGAAAUUGAGAAAAAUGGUAUGCAUUUCAGUGUAUCAGAGAUUUAUGACGCAGAAGUUUCGAAGCGUCAUCAGUGCUUGAUGAAUGGUGAUGACUCCUGGCCCGGCUAUGAGAAAGAUCACUGCUACCCAUUAUUUGUGAGAGUUACAAGAUAAGCUUUCUCUAAUUUUCUUUGAUUCUCUUCGCAUUACUUACUGAGAUUUGGUUCCCAGACUCCUGUCCUGCAUCCCUUGACAUCUAUUGCUGGUGCAUCCAAUUAAACUAAAUUGUUUUUCUGUCUCCACUAACAUAUGUGUGGUCCUAGUGGUUAAUGUUAAUGGUUUGCCAAUUUCUUUUAAUGGGAAAUAUAGAGAUUCUGUUUUUGAAUGAUAUUAGUUUAUUAUGAUAUCCUUUUUGAUCUUA